GGAGAGAGAGAGAGGAGAGAGAGGGAGAGAGGAGAGGAGAGAGAAAAGAGAAGAGAGAGAGAGAGGGAGAGAGAGAGAGAGAGAGAGAGAGAGAGAGAGAGAGAGAGAGAGAGAGAGAGCAUUACAACUUUUCCCCGACACAUUCGAUCCACAAAACUGCCUUCCGAACUUGGUACGGAUCGUACGAGUAUCUGGUAAUGCCGUUCGGACUCACCAACGCACCGGCAACGUUCCAAGCCAAAAUGAACCACGUUCUACGCCCACUUUUGGAUAAGUGCAUGGUGGUGUAUCUGGACGACAUCCUCAUCUACUCGCGCGACAUGAAGCAGCACGUCGAAUACCUGCGACACGUCUUCGAAAUUCUUCGACGAGAGCGAUUCUACGUCAAGUUGUCCAAGAGCGACUUCGCCCUGGAGAAAGUCCAAUUCCUAGGACACAUGGCGAGCGCUCAAGGAGUUCACGUCGACCCCAAGAAAAUCGAAGCCGUACGUACGUGGAAGACACCCGAGAACGUGAAGGAUUUGCAGCAGUUCCUAGGCUUCGCUAACUACUACAACAGAUUCGUGUGACAGUACGCAAAAAUCACACACCAC